AUGCCCCAGCCCCCUCUCGACGUCCACAAGUACUUUAACAAGCCGCUCUGGCGCAUCGCCGACAAGUACCCGCCCGGAACCGGCGGCACUGGUGCCCGCAAGGAGUGGCCAGAGGGCACUCUCACCGGUGUCGAGGUAAUUGAGGACUUUGACAAGCUCGUCCUGGAGUACUUUGACAAGUUCCCCAAGGCGCCCAUCUACCCCAGCCCAUACUACAAGUACCCCAAGUUUGUGCAGGUCGAGUACGAACUUCCCGAGGUGUUCAAGACGUCGCAGGACCUCCAGAAGGCCCUGGCCAUGCUGCCGCUCUCCUGUGUGGCGUCGGUUAUCACUGCUCUCGAGGACGGGCCCCAGGGCUGCACUGCCAACAGACGCGUCGACGCUGCCGGUUACGAGUCGGACGGCGGUGAGGAGCCUGAGGAGUCACUCCCUCCCAAGGACGCGAACAAGAUCUGGAAGUGGCGCUUUUCCAAGUCGCCUCUCGGUUCGGGCGAGCUUCUCCUCGUGAAGGGUCUCUCCAACGACGUGAACAUGGUCGUCCGCACCAUCAACCCCUCUGCGUUCACUUCUGCCGACUGGGAGGAGUUUGUCGUCACCGGCCCAUACCGCUACAACACCAAGUCGAAGGCGUCGUGGUACUGGUCGCGCACGUGGGGUGCGUGCAAGCGUCUCGACACGCGCUGGUGGGUCCUCACCGACUGGCAGCGCUGGGUGUUUGGCAAGUUCAACGACGACGAGUCGCACGGCUGGGUCUCGCCCAUCCUCGACUUCAACACCCAGGGCCCCACUGUUCUCCAGGCCCUCUUCUACUGGACUCAAAGCUCGAUCGGCGCCGCCAACGGGUUCACGCGUUCCGCCAAGGACGUCAGCGAGCUGGCCGCGCUCUUCCCCGACACGCCCGCACGCCGUGUCUCGAUCUCGGGCAAGCAGGGCUACGUCCCUCGCGACGCGCGCCAGGUCAAGAAGGCGAACGAGUCUGACAUUGAGGAGAGCGAUGCCGAGGACCACUAG